AUGUCUUCCGACUCAAAGGCGCUCUCCGGGAAAGUCGCAAUUGUGACAGGAGGAUCUCGCGGCAUUGGUGCUGGGAUAGCAUACGAACUCGCCAGCCGCGGAGCCAAUAUCCUAAUCACCUACAAUUCCGCUACCGCCAAGGCAGAAGAGGUUGCAAACAGAAUCAGGAACCUCGGCGUGGACGUUGCGAUCGUUCAAGCCAGCGGGACAGAUAAAGCAGCUCCCGAGGCAGUGGUCAAAGCGGCAGUUGAGAGAUGGAAAGUCAUCGACAUCAUCGUCAACAAUGCUGGGGAAGGCGCCGACUGUGACUUUGACAAGCUCAGCUACGAUUUCUGGGAUUUGCAGAUGAACUGCAACAUUCGCUUCCCGGUGUUCCUGGUCCAGGCUGCGAUGCCGUAUUUUGGGCCAGCCCCAAGGAUUGUCAACUUGAGCAGCGUCUUCGCCAGAAGUGGUCCUCUGGACUGUAUGUCCUAUGCGGCAAGUAAGGGAGCCAUGGAGAGUGCCACGAGGUCAUUGGCCAGGGAACUUGGUCACAAGUACAAUGCCACGGUCAACUGCGUCAAUCCAGGUCCAGUCGCAACAGACAUGUGGUUGAAGGACACCACGCCGGCCCAACUGGCAUUCUGGGACCCCAUCAUCAAGGAGACCCCUGCAGCUCCUCGGGUUGCCGAUGUCGAUGAUGUUGUCCAAAUCGUUGCCUUUUUGUGUGAUGAAAGAAGCCGCUGGUCCACAGGUAGCGUAGUCAAUGCCAAUGGAGGAAUGUACUUCGUGUAA